CUCUAUAAAUUUGUACUUCAGUGAAGAAGCUAUAAGGUUAGAGAGAGAUGGGUUCAAAGAGAUCAGCAUCUCAAGCCCUCUUUUUUGCUCUCAACAUUCUCUUCUUCUCUCUAGUCAGUGCUUGUGGUUCUUGCCCUUCUCCCAACCCCAAACCAAAACCAAAGCCCACUCCCUCCCCAUCUCCUGCAAUAGGCAAAUGUCCCAGAGAUGCCCUUAAAUUAGGCGUAUGUGCCGAAGUGCUUGGUUUGGUCAAUGCCACCGUUGGUUCACCACCGGUGCAGCCAUGUUGCAACCUUAUCCAGGGCCUUGCUGAUCUUGACGCUGCCGCUUGUCUUUGCACAGCAAUCAAAGCCAACGUUUUGGGCAUCAACCUUAAUAUCCCAGUUUCCCUCAGCUUGCUUCUCAACGUCUGCUCAAAGAAAGUUCCGUCCGGCUUCCAAUGUCCCUAAUCACUCUUUCAAAUUCCUUCUCUUUCUCUUCUUGUUGUUUUGAAGUUGUCAUUAAUUUUCCAGUUCGAAAUGGUAACUGCUUGUUUCCCUCGUUGUAGCGUUUGUUUCCUUGUGGAUUGAUAGUGAAAAAUUGUGUACUACUUUUAUUUCUUCAAGUGUUUUUCUUUGGGUUGUUUGUAUCUUUAAGGAAGAGUUCAAGACUUGUAUUAUUCAGUGCGUUUAUUUGAAUGAACCAACAUUCGUUC